AUGACACGAGGUGGUAGUACAACCGGACGCAUAAGAGGACAUGGACAAGGUAUAUUGGUUACACCUUCGAGUUCUAGCCCAUCCUCGUCUGCACUACCUUCUCUUGUGGCACCUCCUCCUAUUGUGGUGUCUCCACCUAUUGUAGCACCUGUUUCUACUUGUUCACCAACUGACUUGCCGAUUUCAUCACCAUCAGACUCUAUUGUUCCACCCACAUCCUCAUCAGUUAAAGGAUCAUCUUUUGGUCCUGAUUUGCCUAUUGUUCAUGUAGAGGAUGAGAGGUUGAUACCAUCUCAUAAAUGUUCAACUACAAUGAAAACGAUAUUCAUGCAAAGGAUCUAUCCUGAAGGGUAUACUUGGAAGAAUAUACCUAAUGAGUACAAGGAAUCAUACUUUGAGGAAUUUAAGAAAUUUUACAAGUGGGAUGCGUCUAUUGACCGACAUGUUCGUAAAGCUUUUUAG